AUGAUGAGGGGUCUUGUUUCCGGCGCCAAGAGGCUAUCAACCCCAUCGUUGAUGGCGACAACCACCGCCACAGCUAGAAGAAGCUACAGUCUGAUUCCGAUGGUUAUCGAGCACUCGUCUCGCGGAGAGAGAGCUUACGAUAUCUUCUCUCGCUUGCUCAAGGAGCGUAUUAUCUGCAUCAACGGUCCCAUCAAUGACGACACCUCUCACGUCGUCGUCGCUCAGCUUCUCUACCUCGAGUCUGAGAAUCCUUCCAAGCCGAUCCAUAUGUAUCUCAAUUCGCCAGGCGGCCACGUCACCGCCGGUCUUGCGAUUUACGAUACUAUGCAGUACAUUCGAUCUCCGAUAAGCACAAUCUGUUUAGGCCAGGCUGCAUCAAUGGCUUCUCUCCUCUUGGCGGCGGGUGCCAAGGGGCAAAGGCGGUCGCUGCCAAAUGCAACCGUUAUGAUUCAUCAGCCUUCAGGGGGAUACAGCGGGCAGGCUAAGGAUAUAACGAUCCAUACGAAACAGAUUGUUCGUGUGUGGGAUGCGUUAAACGAGCUGUAUGUUAAACACACGGGACAGCCUCUUGACGUGAUUGCGAAGAACAUGGAUAGGGAUCAUUUCAUGACUCCUGAAGAGGCCAAGGCGUUUGGAAUAAUCGAUGAAGUGAUUGAUGAAAGACCGUUGGAGCUGGUGAAAGAUGCCGUUGGAAAUGAAAGCCAAGAUAAGAAGAGUUCGAGUUAG